ACGGGAAUUUGAAUUACAGCCGCGGGCCGUAAUGUCAGAUUCCCCAGCGCGGGUGAUGGGACGCAACACGAGAUCUGCGUUUACAGUUGUAUGAACCAUCAAGGAAAUGAUUCUCUUCGCCAACUUCAUAAAUUACAAGAGCAGCAGCAGCAGCAGCAGCAGCCUGUUAGCGCAGGCGUUAAUGUCACCGGAAGUUGACUGCAUGCCUCACUCACAAAUGAAACUCACCACAACACAAAACCGAGCAAGUCCGCAACAGUAGCCUGUAAAAAUAGGCGUUAUUAAUAUAGGACUGGCGAGUUGCUGAAAUGUCUGAGUGAGUCUCCAAAGCUCUUUGCUAGCAUUCAAAAAUGGGAAAAUACACAAGUACACAAAAAACUAUAUAAAUUGAUUUAUCAAUGUCGACUGCGCGCGUGGAUGUUUAAAAAUGCCCCUCGGUGGUCAAAGGAAUUUUUCUCCAGAUAAAUUGGAGCCAUUUAUUCCUCCCCUCCUCCGAAUUUGGCAGCAGACGCAAAGUUCAAGAUUUGCACGCCGCUCGGCAAUUUUCUCUCCUCGGGUGAGUGGCCUUGUAGCGCCUACCAAGCGGACUGGUAUCACGUGUGAACUUUUGACGUCAUAACAUCCACACAUAUCUGAUCCGGUGAUUUUUGACAGCCUGACAUGCUUAUCCCCAUUCAAUCAACAAAACGCAUAGCUGUCGAACUUGAACCGGGUCACAUAUUCAUUUUGAGCUAUGCUAUACAUAAAAAUAGGGGGAAAAAAAAAGACUUUUUAACGUCGCCGGACUUUAAAGGGGCGGGUCCUGCCGACCUACUGUUCAUAUCUCGAUGGCAGCCUCAAUCCAACUGGUUGAGGUCCGAUGAGGAGGUGACAUCAACAUUGUGAACAUGUAAGAAUGCACCGUAAGGGGCAACCUGUCAAAGCACAUCUUGACAGCCAGAAUCCAGUUCUGAACCACAGGAGGACUCCGACCUGUCUGAGAAUCAAACGUGUUCCUCUGAGUCCGCUGGAGAAUGAUGCUGCGCCUCCUCUGAAGCCCUCUGGCGCCCCCUAGGCGAGGCGUGCCGCACCUUUGGAGAACUGCCGGUCAAGGAAAUGGAUGAAAGAUGCUGCAGAGUUACUGGGACACCGAGAGGCUCUCAAGUGUCGGCUGGGCGGCGGGGUGCCGGACCAGGGCCAUCCGGGAGACAUGGCCCCCGGUUCGGACUCCGUGGAGGGAACCACUCUCCUGCCCGGCGAGGACAUCGCCGCCGUCGGGUCCAACUCGGCCGGUAUGACGGUGAACGGGAAAGAACCGGAAAAGCAGCAGCAGCAGCAACAGCCGCAGCAGCAGCAGCAGCAGCAGCAGCAGCAGCAGCCGCCGCAGAGCUCCGGCGGGCAGGCCAGUCAGCAGAAACAGAAGCGGCACCGAACCCGCUUCACGCCGGCGCAGCUCAACGAACUGGAGCGCAGCUUCGCCAAGACGCACUACCCGGACAUCUUCAUGAGGGAGGAACUGGCGCUCAGGAUCGGCCUGACCGAGUCCAGGGUUCAGGUCUGGUUCCAGAACCGCCGCGCCAAGUGGAAGAAGAGGAAGAAGACCACCAACGUGUUCCGCGCGCCGGGCACCCUGCUGCCCACGCCGGGCCUGCCGCAGUUCUCGGCGGCCGCCAUGGAGAACAGCCUGUGCUCGUUCCACGCCAACGACUCGCGCUGGGCCACGGGCAUGCCGGGCGUGUCCCAGCUGCAGCUGCCGCCCGCGCUGCACGGCCGCCAGCCGCCGAGCAUGGCGCAGUCGCUGUCGCAGUGCAGCCUGGGCCACGGGCCGCCGCCCACCUCCAUGGGGCUGUCCAACGGCCUCUCGUCCAACGGCUCCGGCCUGCAGUCGCACCUGUACCAGUCGCCUUUCCCCGGCAUGUCGGCGUCGCUCUCGGGCCCCACGAACGUAUCGGGCUCCCCGCAGCUGUGUAGCUCCCCGGACAGUGACAUGUGGAGAGGGACCAGCAUCGCGUCCCUCCGGCGCAAGGCGCUGGAGCACACAGUGUCCAUGAGUUUCACUUAGUGACUGUGUACAAAAAUCGAAAAGAAACACGCGUCCCGCCCCGGCCCGAGCAGACUCUCCCGAUUCAGACGCGCGGGUGGGCGGAAAGAAGGAAAAAAAAAAAAAAAAAACAAACAAACAAAAAAAAAAAAAAACCAUAAAAUUCAAACAAAACGAGCGAGAAGCGGCGACGCAGGCGGCGACGCCCGCGCAGCCACGCGUGGGUUGAUUUGAUCGCGAUGAUCGCUUGUCGUCCGUCGUGCCCCGAGCGCCUCUCGCGCCACUUGUAAUGUUGUGUUCAAGUGAACUUGUGUUAUUUAUGUCAAACGCUCAUUUAUUGAAUAGACAUCGGGGUUAUUAUUUAUUCAUUUUUUUGGGGGGUGGGGUGGGGUAGGGACAGUUUAUGCGUGGGCCCGUUGCUUUGCAAUGUGCAUGCGUGGGGAUUUUACACGAUGGGGACACACACACAAACACAAACACACACUUAUCUACUACUACUCUACGGUGAUCUUUCAGUCUAGGCCUAAACUCUGUUUUAGGGUGUUUUUGUGUAGAUUUAAAAAAAAAAACAAAACAUUCUUGUGUGACAUGUUUUAACUUAUUGUAUGUGCUAUAUUACUUGACACAUUUCUUAUUAAAUGUUUGAUCUUACAUCCAAAUGCACCACAUUGACAGGUUUGUACCAUUUGGGGGGAAAAAAAACACCAACAAAUAAAAGUACUUUUAAAGUAUGCCUAAAUGUCUU